AGAGAACAUUCAAGAGCAGAGCUUAUUGCAAGGCCAGCUCGGCCCGAUCCUUACGACCCCUUCCUUUUCCUUUUUGCGCUGUUGAGACAACGCAAGGCUAGAUCUUUGUGUGUCUUGAGAUCAAGUUCAUGCGUUGAUAAUGAAUCCUUCUGGUAAUGAUAACUGGCACUCUGCCGGGGGGCCGCCUUCGCACCCGGGGAUGGACCAGUUAAACCAACAGCCACGGCCCCUGGGGUCGUUUGGUCAAAACCCGCCUCAGCAAGGACCAUCUUCACAACCUGCGGGGCCCGUUCUACCGCCUCCAGCUGGUCCUUACCACCCUGUAAGCCAGCCUUCUGGCCAUUCGUUGCCCGGUUUGGCGGAAUUAAGCCAAGGCCCUGGUCCGCACCAACCGCCUCCGUUUGGACAACAUCCGCAAGGCCCUUCUCAUAGUGCUGGCCAUUCACUCCCUGGAAUCGGUCAGGCGAUGCAGCAUCCUUCACCGCAGCCGCUGAAUCGAGAGCGCGAAAGAGACUCCAGGGAGCGCGAGAUGAUCGAGAGACAGCGGCAGGAGGAGAUCGUACACCGGGAACGGGAGCAGCGCGAACGAGAGAGGGAACAACAGAUACAGCAGAUGGAACGCCAACAGCGGGAGCAGCAGCACCAUCCUGUCCAGAGCCACACGGGUUCGAUCCCGAUUCACCAGCCCGUCGCCUCGAAAGUUCCCAACUCGAUUCACGGACCGAAUGGACUCCUCUCGAACCUCGGUGCAAACCCGCCGCCAAACCCGCCGCAGAGCGCGAUGCAGUCUUCUGGUGGCCCGGGUGGUAUGUACGGUCCGCAGAUACAGCAUGGCGAAGGAACGCCUAGACCAUACAUGCAGCAUCCUCCUCAAGGACCGCCGGGGCAGCCGAUGCUUGGUUAUAACGGCCCAGCUCCUCAGAUUCCCGGAGGCGUUGCAGCUUUAGCGCAGGGCCAGCAGCCCAUUCUCAAUGAUGCGCUGAGCUACCUUGACCAGGUUAAGGUGCGCUUUGUCGACCAGCCCGAUGUGUAUAACAGAUUCCUCGACAUAAUGAAGGACUUCAAGAGCCAAGCUAUCGAUACCCCAGGAGUUAUCCAGCGAGUUUCCACGCUUUUCAACGGCCAUCCCGCUUUGAUCCAAGGAUUCAAUACCUUCCUCCCCCCGGGUUACCGGAUCGAGUGUGGGACGGAGGACAACCCCGAUGCGAUUCGCGUAACAACGCCGUCGGGAACGAAUACUCUGUCAAUGACGCGCCCUCGUCCUUCCAUGGAGUCCGCUGGUGAGUUGGGUCCUUCGGGUGGACUUCAUCCUGGUCGUCCUGAUUACUAUGAUCAAUCUCGUCCUGGCUGGCAACAGGCUCAGCACCAGCCACAGCAGGGCGGAAUUCCCCCUUCAUACUCUCCUGGUGCUCGUAUGAUGGGACCCGGAAUCUACGGGCAGCAAGGCCAAAACCAGCCUCAAGACGCGCAUUACGAAUAUCAGAGCCAGCAGGAGCAACAGGCCUCUGCCGCGGCCCUUGCCCACCAGCAGCAGGAGCGUGGGGUUUCGCAGCUCCAGAGUGCCGUGUCAGCGGCCGCCGGUGGCGCUGGGCGUCCAUCCAUGAUGCAGGCUUCCCCCGGGGCAGCCCAGGGUCCUGGCAUCACUCAGCCUAUGAGCAGUUUGGCUGGCAUCGGAUCUGGGAUGCUCCAAGGCUCUCAGACCGAUCUCAACAAGCGUGGUCCUGUUGAAUUCAACCAUGCGAUCAGCUAUGUUAACAAGAUUAAGAAUCGCUUUUCUAGCGCCCCCGAGAUCUACAAGCAAUUUCUUGAGAUUCUGCAGACUUAUCAGCGCGAGUCAAAACCCAUUCAAGACGUUUAUGCUCAGGUAACGCAGCUGUUCAAUACUGCUCCCGAUCUUCUCGAGGACUUCAAGCAGUUCCUCCCAGAAUCUGCAGCACACGCCAAGCAGCAAGCACAGGCUGCCCGCCAGGCAGCGGAAGAUGCUGCUCCUGUGAGCAAUGUCCGUGGAGAACCGGGAUAUUCCACUGCUGGUGUUUUGGCACAAUCUCAGACGCCUAGCCGCGAUGUAAAGAUGCCACCACUGGGCCAAUUCAACGUCAAAGACUCUGCAAAGGACAGUAAGAAGCGUAGAGGCGGGCCCGGUGCCCCUGGCACUCUGGGUUCAGUCCCGGGGCCUUCGACAGUGGACGCUGCACGGAUGACAGAUGCUCAAGCUCGGGCGCAGGGACUUCAGGUCGGAAAUGUCAAUAAGCGUGCCAAGGUCCAUCAUACAAAGCCAACGCAGAUUGAGGCCCCUGCAGUAUCACCAACUCUUGUUCCCGCUCUUCCAGAGCCAAUUCCACCUACGUUCUCACUGACGCCCAACCAUGACGAGUUCGCUUUCUUUGAUCGUGUCAAGAAAUUCAUUGGAAACAAGCAGACCUUCAGCGAAUUCCUCAAACUGUGCAACCUAUACUCGACCGAUCUCAUUGACAGAAACGUUCUUGUGAAGAGAGCGGCUGGGUUCAUCGGCUCCAACCAAGAACUCAUGUCGUGGUUCAAACGUUUCAUGCACAUCGAUGAUCCAGAGGACAAGGUCAUAGAUUUGAAGCCCAAGCAGGACUCUGGCGUUGUCAACCUCUCUCAUUGCCGUUCUCUGGGACCAAGUUACCGUCUGCUCCCCAAGCGUGAGCGCCAGAAGCCUUGCAGCGGCCGCGACCAGUUGUGCUACAGUGUGCUUAACGAUGAGUGGGCAUCUCAUCCGACCUGGGAAUCCGAGGACUCUGGCUUCGUUGCGCAUCGUAAGAACCAGUUUGAGGAUGCGCUACAUCGGAUUGAAGAAGACAGACACGACUAUGAUCAUCACAUUGAAGCGUGCACCCGUACUAUCCAACUCAUUGAGCCCAUUGUCCAGCAACUGCUAGUCAUGUCGGAAGCGGAGCGUGCUGCAUUCAAGCUGCCUCCCGGACUUGGUGGACAGAGCGAGUCAAUCUACCAGCGUGUCAUCAAGAAGAUUUACGAUCGCCAGAGGGGACAGAAAGUCAUCCAGGACAUGUUCGAGAGGCCGUGCCACAUUCUACCUAUCGUCCUCUUCCGCCUCAAACAGAAGUGCGAGGAGUGGAAGGCUAGCCAGCGCGAGUGGGACAAAGUUUGGCGUGAGCAGACGCAGAAGGCUUACUGGCGUAGUCUGGAUCACCAGGCGAUCGCCAGCAGGGGUAGCGACAAGAAGCUCUUUGUGGCCAAGCACAUUCAGCAUGAGAUCCAGGCAAAGUUCGAGGAGAUCAGGAACCUCCGCAAGAGUGGCUACCAGGUGCCCAAGCACCAGUUCGAGUUCGCCUUUACGGACCCGGCCGUUAUUGUCGACGCUACUCACUUGUUACUCAUCUUCAUCGAUCGCAACUCUGCUGGCUUCGGGUCUGAUCCCCAGAGGGUGAUGGCAUUUAUCAAGGACUUCAUCCCCAUCUUCUAUGGUAUGGAUCGUGACACUUUCCACAUGUACAUGAACGAGGUCUCCAAUGACACGUCUCCGGCGGAAGAAGUCGAUGAAGAGAGCGUGGCUCCCGAAGACGUUUCGACUAUCCGCGGCAGGCGUGCUGUCAACGGGAAGAAGUUGGAUCUUCUUCGUGACGUCCUGGAGCGUCGCACCGAGAGAUCUAACCGUGGCGACAAGGAGGGCAGUGCCUCUGUUAGCCGCGACGGAACUCCUGAUGCCGUGCUGAUUCCGUCGACCCCCAUUCCGGAUCCCACGGAGCCGUUCGACGUUGCAGAACUCAAGUGGAUGGAACACCCUGGCCAGGGCAACUUCAACCAGCAGCGAGAAUACGCUCUUAAUGAAUCGUAUGGGAAGAAGGUCCAUCAUCUGUAUGCCAACCUCAACAUUUAUUGCUUCUUCCGCACCUUCGAGAUCCUCUAUUCUCGCUUGUUACGCAUCAAGCUUCACGAGAAGGAUGCGCACGAGGAUGUCCGUCGCGCACUCCUGCCCAAGGCCGCGCAUGACCUCGGCAUGAUCGACAAGUUGCCUACUGAUUUACUGUAUGACUGCGACCCGAAGGCCAACUUCUACCAGCAGAUCGUGCGCAUGUGCGAGGAGGUGAUCAAGGGAGACAUGGAGGUGUCUCACCUGGAGGAGACUCUGCGCCGAUACUGGCUGAAGAGCGGAUACCAGUUGUACAAUCUGGAGAAGAUGCUUGCUGGUAUUGCUCGAUUCGCUGGUGGGAUUUUCAACAGCGAUCCCAAGGAUAAGAGUGUCGACAUCAUCAACCUGUUCUUUAAGGAGCGAGACCGGGAGGAGACGACACACAACCAGGAGAUUCAGUACCGCAAGCAGGUGGAGAGGCUCGUGAAGGAUAGCGAUAUCUACAGGAUCACCUACGACCCUGCUACCCAGCACGCGAAGAUUCAGCUCAUGACGGCCGAAGACAGCACGCUGGAGAACGAAGAGCUCAGCCAGGAGGCACGCUGGUCGUACUACGUUUCCGCCUACACGAUGCGCGAUCCGACCGAAGGGGUUCCGUUCUCUCAGAUGCGUAUGCCGUUGCUUAAGCGCAACCUUCCGCCCAAGAUGGAGCAGGACGAGGAAUACAACCAGUACUACCGUCGUCUGGUCAACCACGAUGGCCUUGUGAUUCGCAUCUGCGCCAACAGCUACCACAUCCUGUACGAGCCCGGUAGCUACGACUGGUGGUGGCGUCCACCGGCGCGCACUCACGAGUCGGCGGAAGAGAAAGCGCGAGGGGAAGCGGCCGUCAAGGAGCGCCGUCGGGACCGGUUCAUGGAGAAGUUUGUCAACAACCCCAGCUGGGCGCACGGGCUGAGCAAGGACGAGGUGGACGAAUCGAACCAGCGCUUCCGUUCGUGGAUCCAGGGGCCCGACGCUGGCGAGUCUGCUGGCGCGGAGAAGCCGGAGGAAGCGCAGCCGAAGGAGAAGGAAGACACUGAGAUGGCUGAUGCCGAGCAGCCAUCAGCGUCGGAGAGCAAGGAGUGACGGUUGGGGCCAUAGUAGGGCGUUCACGUGACUUUAUCUGGAUCAUACGAGGGUUGCUUUUGAUUUGCACCAUAAUACCGCCAUGUAUCAUGCAUUCUUCCUAUUUUCUUUGUGCCUCUCCUUUUGUUAUCCUUUUU